AUGAAGUUCGCGACUGUUUUAUUGCUUCUCGUUGGAAGCUUUGUACUCAACAGUUCAGCAAAUUCUUUAUAUCCUUCAUUAUUACAAAAGCUUAGAAAUUCAGAACAAGAUGACGUAGUUGUUCCUGAUUUAAUUCCUGAAGAAGAUAUCCUUUCUGAAGAUGAAGAAAUUCCCGAUUUGGAAGAAGAUAUUGAAAGACCUGACGAAAUUUUCGAAGAAUCUAAAUUCGAAUCACGAUCAGGUUGCAGUUUUAGCUUACCAAAUGCAGGAAGUCCGCAGCCUUUGUUCUUAAAUCCUGGUACUUCUCAAAUUUACCCUUUCAACGAUGUCGGAGUCAUGGAAUUCAAUGUUGGACAAAGUGUUGAAAUGUACUGUCCAUCAACAUAUUCCUAUCCAUCUGGAAAGUCUGGCAGUCAAACUGCAACAUGUGUAUCAGGAUCAACAUUCAAAAUCGGAGGAUCGAACUACGACUUCAGCAAAGUUCUAUGUUCGUCAUGGAUAAGUGCCAAAGCACGAAAAACUGGUGCUUCAUGCAAUGGAGGAAUAGAAGUUGAAACUGGAUUUUCAGUUGGAUCACGAUUCGUCAAACAGUUGGAAAUAUGUUUCGAUGAAGAAUUGGAAGUGACUCGAUAUGUCUACUAUCAACUUACACCAGGAAGUAAUUACUUCCAAAAUGGUGUUGCUCGACCAAAUUUUGUUACAGCUGGAUUUUUUGAUGGUAAAAAUGUUGAUAAUUUGUAUAAACAAGUUACACAAACCGAAACAAUCAACAAUGAACUUGGCGGUGUUGCUGGUCAAUAUAUUGACACAAAGACAAAUGUUUAUCUAGCUCGUGGUCAUAUGGCUGCUAAAGCUGAUUUUGUUUAUGGCACAGAACAAAGGGGAACAUUUUUAUUUUUGAACGCUGCCCCACAAUGGCAAGUGUUUAAUGCUGGCAAUUGGCAAAGAGUUGAAGAUAGUGUUCGAAAAUGGGUAUCAACAAACAAAAAGACUGUUAACUGUUGGACAGGAGUUUAUGGUGUAACAACUUUGCCCAAUAAACAUGGAGUUGAAACGGAAAUGUAUUUGGAUUAUGAUAGAAAUCAUAAUGGUUUAAUUCCUGUACCAAUGUUGUACUUUAGAGUUGUAAUUGAACCAGCAACAAAGCGAGGAGUUGUUUUAAUUGGUGUUAAUAAUCCACAUUUGACAUUGGCACAGAUAAAGAAGGAUUAUAUUUUGUGUAAGGAUGUGAGUGAUAAGAUUACGUGGAUUAAUUGGAAAAAGACUGAUAUUAAAGCAGGGUAUUCGUAUGCGUGUGAAGUUGAGGACUUUGCGAAGAAGAAUCCAAACUUACCAGAAUUUGAUGUUACUUCAUUAUUGUAUUAAGUUAAAUUAGGAAGAAAAAGUGUUUAAAUUAUUAGAUAUAAGGACAUUAAAUUAUUGUGAUAUAUAACUAAA